CUUCUCAAAUGAAAUGGAAAAUAGUAAGCAUUUUAAGGAAGAUGGAAGGAAAGAGUUAUGGACUUAUGGAACAACACAAGCUGUAGUUCAUAAUGAGGUUGACAAAAGUGUCAUGGAUCAAUCAAUAGAAAGUAUGCUAAGUAAAGCAAGAUUAUCGAGGAAAGUUACAGAUAAAACAGGUGAGGAACACAUAAGAGAUUUAGACGACAAUAAUGACAGAAGGUUUAGAGAAAGUUUGAAAAAUGUUAAAGCUGAUGGAAGAGAUAGGAUGCUUCAGUUGAAAGAAAGAGAAAUAGAUAGACAGUUAAGAGAGAAAAAGGAUACGGAACAGAGACUAAAAGAGGAAGAAUUAUUAGAUAAGGAAAUAGAAUACUACGAAGAAAAGUUAUUGAGAAGGAGAGCACAAGAUGAACAAGAGGCACUAGAGAGACGUUUGAGGAAUGAUAUCGAAACGAAUUUACGGAAGGAAUAUGAGCAGAAAUUAAAGAAUGAAUUGAAGGAAAUUGCAAGAAGAGAAAGUGAAGAAAGAAAGUACUUUGAAAGAGAAAAGGAAAGAAAGCAAUUGAAAGAGAAGGAAAGACUGAUGAUGAUGAAACGAGAAAAGCAAAGAGAAGAAGAAAUGAAAAUGAUGGAAAGAAUAGAGAGUUUGAAGAAGAUUGAAUUGGAAAUAGAUAUGAGAAAUAAUGAGUUUGAAGGCGAAGACAGUGAUAAUGAUAUCGAUAGAGAUGUACAAGAAAGGAUGGAACUUUUAAGACAGGAAAUGAUGAGUUUAGAAGAAAGAAUACAUAUGAAGAGUAGAGAUUGUAGAAAUAAAGGGACAUUAUUUAAAGAUAGAAACACAACAAGAAAGCCAUGUGUAUCAUCAGGAACACCACAAAUACCUCAUUUUGAUGGAACACAAUUCGAAGAAUGGAAACUCGAAGUGGAAAGUGCAAUAGAAUCGGGAUUAUAUCAAGAUUACGUUUUGGCACAGGCGGUGAGAUCAUCCGUAGUUUCAACAGCAAGAAGGGUGUUGCAAACAUUAAGACCAGCAGCAACUACAAAAGAAAUCGUUUCUAAAAUGGAAGAUAUAUACGGUAACAUCAGAAGUGGAGACUCUAUCAUUCAUGAAUUUUACUCUGCCAAACAACAAAUAAGUGAAUCAUGUUCUGAAUGGGGAGUAAGAAUCGAAACACUGUUUAAUCAGGCGUUAGAAAGAGGAGAGAUAGAACGAUCUAGAAAGGAUAGAAAACUAAAGGAAAGAUUUUGGAGAGGACUUAAAUCAGAAAAGAUAAAAUUAUCGACAAGGACAUCAUACGAAUCAGAGGAUAGUUUUGAUAUUUUAAGACGGAAAGCUAGAAUAAGAGGAGAGGAGAGGAAGUAA